AUGGGUAACUCCAAUAGGAGGGAAACGAAUAAGAAGGAAGAUGAAGAGGAGGAUGAUUUAGGGAAGGUGUGUGAGGAGGAGCCAGGGGGCGAGGGUAGAAAAAGCGACCCGAAAGGUCGUAGCGGGACAGUCGAAGUGAAGGGUAGAGGACUCCUGGAUGAGAGUCUAGUCAACCUCUUCUUCUAUGAGAACUACUUCAAGAAUUUCUUCAACUUGCAAGAGAUUAGCAAGUUCGGUUUUACGGCGAAUAGCACCAAGGGAGUAUGUGAUGUGGAGGACAAACAGGGCACAAGUGAAGAAACUGCAAAAAUUAGGAACAACAAAAAGAUCGAAGAAAUUACCCUCCACAAUAAUAGGUACAUUGUAAGUUUUCUUGACGAUACGAUAAGGUCUAAAAUUGAGAUAGCCAACUUUAUUUCUUUUUAUUUUUUUUUUCAAAGUGUGAGGAACAAGGGGGUGACCGACUCGGUAGGGAGGAAGGACCUGUCAGAUAUUAACUACAUAUAUAAGAAGGCUAGGAAGUCCAAGAGGUAUAUUGCGUCCGACGAGGUGAAGACUUGCAUGAGGAAUUAUUUGUACCACAUUGAUAAGAGGAAGUUCCCCAUUUGUAGGAGGCCCUUUGGGGGUGACAGAUCAGGUGGAAAGGAUGCACUUACGGAUGUGAGAGGAGGAGUAGCCGUAGAUGAGGAGGUAAGAUGCACAAGUGAUCUGGGGGAGGCGGACACCUUGGAGGAUAUUGAGCCGCAGAGAUGUGCGAAGGGACUCCAGAGUGAAGUGAAAAAAGGGCGAAGUGGCAAAGCGAAAGUGGAAGGAUGCCCUAGCAAAUGGAAAAAGAACCUAUCCCACAGGGUGAAGAUAGAUGAAGACAAAGUUACACUUCGGCGGAAGAGCACCUUGGGUAGAAAGUACGAAGAGUCCUUUUCCUUGUGCAGUUCGGGCAGAAAUUAUCGUCAUGCACGGAGGAAGGUGAGGAAGGAUAGGGAGGAACAUGAGGAGGAAGCCGAAGAUGAAUCACACCUGCGUGGGCAUGUCGACUCGGCACAGUUAAGUGAAGACAGACAAAUGUUUGGGAAGGGUUUCCAUUCUCCCCUGAAGAGCGAAAUGGAGGAGAAAAAAAGCGACCAUUCUUCCUACGCAGUGUAUUUAAAAAAGACCCUUUCGAAGGUAUUCAAUAGGUAUGAAAUAAAUAGGUACGGAUUGGUAAGGAAGAAGAAAAAGAAGGGCAGCAUGUUGUUAGGCCAUCUGCUUAAGGAGCAAAUGAACAUGGGUAUUUCUUUCUCCCCAGCGGGUUUGUUAAUACCAUACCACCUAGGGGUGAGCAGUUUGUUAAUAGAAAAAAACAUACUUAAUAUGCAUACCAGUAUAGCGGGUUCCUCAGCAGGUAGCAUCUGUGCCUGUUGUUUGGGUAUCGGCCUGAGUGUAGACAAAUGCUUUUUUUUAAUUGAAAAUAUUAUAAGUAAUGUUUACAAAAAUGGGUGUUACCAGAAGCUGCAAAAUGUCUUAGACGUGGAGCUGAACAAGUACCUUUACGAAGGGAGUUAUAACUUUUUAAACAAACGAAAUGGAAGCAUCUUUGUAGGCAUCACGCAGAUACUUCCCUACUAUAAGAGAUUGAAUAUAACAAGGUUUUAUGACGACAGUGAUCUGAUCAACGCAUUGAUCGCCUCGUGUAACAUUCCUAUGUACUUGUCAAAUAAUAUUUUUGUAAACUUUAGAAAUAAAAAGUGCAUUGAUGGGUUGUUCAGCACGAAGAAGAAGGAUUUUGGAUGCCCCAACACGAAGACCGAUCGGAUGGUGAAGGUGUCCCCCUUUGAUUCGGACUAUGUGGGCAUUGAAAAUAAGAAUAAUAGUGUUAUCAGCCCCCACAUGGUUAAGUAUAGACAUUUGAUUUUUCUCUUCCUCUGUGUGAAGAAUUUAUUUCACCGCGUGGUGGACAACGUGUGGGUGGAGAAGGACUACGCGUUUCUCGUUCGGCGGUUGAAGCGGAUCAUGGAUUUGAGGAUCUUCUCCUGGGGGGAGUUUCUGCGCGAUUACUUUUGCGUCCCGGGGGGGGGAGAGACAGAUAUAGGCGAUCCAGGUGGUCCCUCCGAAUUGUUGCACCGCCUGGAGGUGAAGCUGAACCGAUUCCGCUGCACAUGUGGGAAUGUCUCCUCGAGGGAGCUCUUCCUGAGGGUGAACCGGGAGGCCGUCACCCAAUUCGAUCGGCACAAUUGCAAGUAUGUUAAUUUUUACAAUUUCUCCGUGACGCUAAUAAAUGUGAUGAGCGCGUACUUUGAGGAGAACUUCUGCCUCAGCAGGGGGUUGAGGGAGGUAGUGCUGGAGUGGUUGAGGCAAGAUGGGCAGGCCACGUUAGGGGGAGACACAGUAGGAGAGGAAAAAGAACAGAUAAACGGGGAGAUAAACGAAGAGGACGCUCAAGUGGAAAAAAUUUUCAUCCUCCUGGAAGAAGAACAAUUGCUCAGAAUGGAGGAGUACAUACGAUUUCACCCCAAACUGGAGAGUGAAGUCAUUUUGUUUUUUUUUAAAGAGCAUUUCGCCAACGAUAGCAUCACACGGUUGGGAAGGAGCUUCUUAAAGAAGAGCAUCCACCAUAUGGUCGAUGCAUUGAAGGAUAUUUGUUUUGUUGAUUGUGUGGAGAGGUACGUGAGAAGGUUAGUUUGUUUGAAUUGGCGUGAUGGGGGUUUGGUUUUGUCUGGCUCGAAGGGGGAGCCCCUCCGAGGGGACUUGCAACCGCGCGUGAGAGUGAUAACCCAUUAUUUGAAGCACAGCCAGAUUUAUAGAAACUUCAUUUACAUACUUAACGAAAUAAAAGCGGCGAACGGAAGAGUCGUUAAGGUUAGUGAGCAUAACUACUACAGCUUCAUGUGUCUGAAUGGGGAAGACAUAAACGAUUCUUACCUCUUUUUGUACCUCUACUUGUAUGCCAAUUUAUGCCACCGGGAGUUGUUCGCCCGGGCGGGGGGGACAGGCGGCUAUCAUAACUGCGUCUGUGGGGCAGCUACCUCCAAACCGCGAGGAAGAACGCCCCCCCUCAAUAAAGGGAACAAUUGUGGUGAAGCAGCUCCGUCGGGUUACACACCCGGAGGAGAGGGCAAGUUGGAAGAACAAAUGAUGCAGAAGAGAGACUCGGUGACCAAUUCAAGGCAGGAACCGCGAAAAGUCAGCUUAACGAAAAGAUUCUCGGAGUUGUGGGCGGUCAGGAAGCGGAAUGGAGGAGAAGGGAUACCUGAGGAGGAGAAGGAGAAGCAUAAGGUGAAGCACUCUGAUAAGAUUUGUCAUGAGAAUCAUGUUAACUUGUUUAUGAGAAAAGAGGACGAAAUGGUAGUUGGUAAUAGUGACACGCUCUAUGUCAGAGGGAGUCACAGCGAAACAGGGAACAAAUUGGGGGACCAGAAAGUGGGUGAGAGUGCAGAAGGUGAGAUGUGUCAAGUAUACCAGAUGGGCGACUCUCAGGGUGGACAACAUACAGGCGAUGUGAGUAAAAACAAAGUGAAGUGUUACUCGUUUUUUAACAAGGUGGAGAGUGAGAAACUGUCGUCUAUGGAUGCAGAACCCCCACUGAACGGUGGCGAUAAAUGCCAAUUUGCGAGAGGCCAUCCUGAAGUGCUCGACAAUUUGCUCCUUUUUAACCACAACUGUGGAGUCCUUAACAAGUUGGACGAGUUUGUGAAGACGAACUGGAGUAAAAUAUCUGCCAUGAAUGAGCAGAGGAAAAGUGAGAUCUGCUCACACCUGCAUGAAAUUGAUCAGCUUUACAGGGAUAUGCUCUUUUUGCAGAGGUUUGUGUUCUCUAUUAAUUUUUCCGAGCAGACCAAGUAUAAGUUUUUGAGGAAGGGGAGGAACAGCUCCAUGGAGGAAACUAAAUGGGGAAGCCCCACAAAGGAAGAGUUAACAGGGGAAAUAACACCAACCAAAGAGCAAGUGAGGAUCCCAGAUGGGCAUAGAGCAGAAAGGGAUGGACAGGAAAGAACGCUCUGCACGAGCAUUGAAGAAAUGUUCGUUUAUGGCUCGAUGGGGAGGCAAGUUUCCAGUGUUGGGAAGGUUGCUACACAGAGGAUUGAUAACAAAGUGCUGGAGGGCAUAUCAAAGGUGCCUCCAAAAAGUGAAGAAGUCUGGACCAGGAGAAGAAGGAGAUCUGAUAUCCGUCCGGAGAGACGCUCUACUAAGCAAAUGCGAACAGAAGUUUCGAUGCAUGAUGAUUCUCCGGAUAAUUUUGUUGACGAUAUAGAGACGAAUGUAGACAAAAAAUUAUACGACAAUGAUAGAACCUACUUCGUUAAGAAUGUGUUCUCCAUGAGGAAGUUACUAAAGAUGGCAUUCGAAGGAGCGGACGAUAAAGUGAUUAGGAAGAUUUACGACAUGGGGCGUAGUGACACCUACCUGUGGUUGUACAUCGAGUACUUGAAUGUGUGCAUUUUUUGCUUUAGGAAGGUGUACCUUUUAUAUGUGAAGUUGGUUUCUGUGUUCGCGUCGCUGCUUGGGAUUACCAGUUUGAGCAAGCGCAGGAGGAGGAAACAUGACGUGGCUGCUAUGCUCAGCUCGGUGGAGAAAUUUGUCCUUUACGUGAACGGAAGACCGUUUAACAUGUUCGAGCUGUGCAGUUUUGUUUACAUAUGUUUCGGUGGCGGGGAAGCAUCGGAUAGAGUAGCAGAGGAGGGUUCCUCGCAGAUGAAUUUGGUAGGAGCAGUGGCAGAUGUGUUGGAGGAGCUUGCGCGCGACGAUAUUCGAAGGAGGAGGUCCUCCCUUUGCGCUGUUCACAAGGAGAGGGGGGAAGAGGGGACGGAUGAACGCCCAAACGAGGAUAACGCUUCGGAUGCAUCAUUAGCUAAAUCUGGGAGGAAGCGCAUCCCUGGAGGGACCCCCCCACAUCCCCAUUUGAAGGAUGUCCAAGCGGCGGAUGCAAAGGUAUGCAGUGGCCAUCACUUGUCUCGGAAGGGAAAACGGGGCAGUGGUCGCCUCAAAAAAAAGGGAAAAGAAAAUCAGAAUGUCAGAAUCCCCAGCGGACAGGAGAAGGAGAAUCUACCCCACCAGAGUAGCAACACUCGAAAGGUAAUCAGGGGCUUCGGCCCAAGUAGGGUCUCCAGAACGAAGCAAAUGAAAGAUACGCAAAUAUGUCUAAAGGAAAGGAAACCAAGAAGUAUUAGUCUGCCGGUAGAUCUUCACAAAACCGUUUUGAAGAUGCACCAUUUGAGGGGGAAAAUAAAGUUAAAUAAAAACAUCAUUGAAGGGAUUAAUAGGGAGAUACUGACUGGCACUCCAUAUGAGCACAUUUACACGCACUCGAAUUUUUGGAUAUACUCCUCGUCCGAUGAGAGUGAUGGGAAAAAUCUUUGCGACAGCGGGUUCUACCAGAACAGCGCAGAUGUGGCGGGUUCGUGGUUCGAUUCCGUGUAUGACGACCUGUUGGAUGAAGCGGAUGGCUUCUCCAAGAUUUCCAGUUUUUUCAGGACCUUCAGGAACAUGGACGGAAAUUUGGGCCUCUCUGGCUACUUCGGCUUAUGA